AUGAUGGCAGCUGGCGCUGAGCAGAUGGCGGCAGCUGGCGCUGAGCAGAUGGCGGCAGCUGGCGCUGAGCAGAUGGCAGCGGCUGGCGCGGUGCAAGCGGCGGCAGCUGGUGAUCGGCAGAUGGCGGCUGUGGGCGCUGAAGGCGAUGCAGCACAGGCGCUUGGGGCGAGAGGAGAUGCAGCUGAGAGAGGCCUGGAACUGGUUGGACAAGAACUUGUACCAGCUUCUCAAGCCUUGGCCUUGAGGACACCGGAUGGGUUGGAGAAAGGGCGAGGGUCAGACGCUGCAAAGGGCUCUAGGUCACCAAGGGCAGCCACAGAACCAGUUAGCCAGGGUCAGAAGUCAAAGGAGGGUUCAGUCAGAGGCCAAAAAGGAACCCCAAAAGAAAUAGAACCAGAGAAGCGUCAAGAGAUGGCAACACCCAGUGGACAGCCAGUUUCACUAGGUCCCCAUUCCUUUGUGACACCAGAGGGACAGGUCCAAAGUAUGUUGCCACUUUUUUCACCAGAGCAGACGGUGAAACUUCAUGAGAUCCACCAGAUGCCUUUUGCAUCGCCUGCGGCUUCAUGGAAUGGUCCUGCGGUUGGAGAACAUGGACACGGGGGAGCUGAGCGACAAGCAGUUCCAGGUUGGUUCACAGGGUUGCUUCAAUCAGUAGGAUCUCAGCAAGGUGAACAUGAGGCGAGGCAAAGGGAUUACAUGUGGAGAAUGCAAGUUGAGCAUGGCAUAGAACAUCUAGGGGUUCAGUUGCGUGCGGCACAGCAUGAAAACCAAAGACUUCGUCAAGAGCGUCAAGAGUUGUUGGAAGCCUUGGAAAAGAAGGGAUCGUCGAGGUUUACCACACCAGAUGACAAAGCAGCCAACAUGUUGAAAAAGGAGGAAGGGGCAGAAUCCCGGCAAGAAAGACCUUCCAAGGAGGAAGGGGCAGGUGCCCGGCAAGGAACACCUUCUAAGGAGGAAGGGGCAGAGGCCCGGCAAGACAGAUCUUCUCAGGAGGAUGGGGCAGAAGCCCGGCAAGAACAGUCAGAGAGCGAUUUGUCUUCUGAGGAGCCGCAAAGAGCAAGCAGGCCAAAGGAGAGCGUUGACAAGCAGUCCAUGAGGAUCAUGCUCAAGUUGAUGGAGGGCAUGCAGGAGCUUCAGAAACAGAUUGUGAUCUCCAAGGAGGAAGGAAAAGGUGAUGAGAUUGAAGUGGUGCGCUAUGUGGCGGAUCUCCCAAAACUUGCUGAAUGGAAUCCGGAGACGGCGCCCAUCGAUUUUGGUGAUUGGGUGAUUUGUCUGCAUCCUCAUAUGGCAGACUUGAGCUCAACGAGUGAGAUGUGGUGGGACUUGACCCUCUCAACAGCGAGGACUUGGUAUGAUCACCACAUGAAGCUGUCGCCAAUUGAGAGGUUGACGAGCACACCAAGGCCUACACCAGAGUUGCAGCAGAAGAAGUGGUCCCGGCUGGAAAGAAGGGCUUCGUCCUUGCUCUUGAAUGCGUUGCCGCAGACGAUGAAAGAGGAGGUGAUUGCGGCGAAGUCCAUCACAGCUUUGGGCAUUUUGUCUCGUGCGAUGCUGCAGUUUCAACCUGGAGGGCUGACAGAGAGAAGCGCUAUUUUGACGGCGCUGGAAGCACCUAUGGAAGCUGCAACCGUGGGUUCAGCCAUCCAACAGCUGAGACGUUGGAUGAGAUGGAAGCGCCGGGCCCUUGAAGUUGGAGUUUCAAUUCCAGACAGUUCAAUUUUGAUGAAGGGAUUGGGACGUUUGGUGAGGAAAAUUGUUUCCAGUUACCCAGAUCUCAACUUCCGCUUGUCGUUGGUCAAGAGCUCAUUGUUGGUGGAGACAGUUCCAACGUUGGAGACAGUGACCCAGUACAGCGAACACCUUCUUGCAGAGCUGGAGCAGAUGGGACAGCAGGCAAAAAGGAAGGAAGUGAUGGCAGAGAGCCAGCCAAAGGUGAAGAAGUUUGAGGAAGCCUCGGGAAGCAAGCCUGAAGAAAGGACCAGGCCGAAGGGGAAGCCUCAAGAGGAGUUUGAAGGGAGGAGGAAACCAUGUAGGUUUUACCUCACAGACUCAGGUUGCCGAAGAGGUAGAGGAUGUCCUUUUGGACACCAGUUGGAUGGAGAAAGAAGGUGUUGGACAUGUGGAGGAAAGGACCAUAUGGCCACAGCCUGUCCGACCACAGAGGAGUCCAAGCCGAAGGCAGCAAAGUUUGGUUCCAAGACCCCAGAGAAGGAUGUGAAGUCCGCUACAACAUCUCCUGAAAAGUCCGAGGAGCAGUCUGAGGCCACGGGUAAUGGAGGAGAAGAAACUAUGAAGUCGUUGCUGGAUGAAGCAAGUCGGAUGCUCAAAUCAAUGAAUGAAGGAGAUGUCAAAGAAAAGAGACAGAAAGGGGAGGACGCACAAGAAAGGAUCUUGGGCCUACAGAAGCAGCUGGAUGAGCUCAAGAAGGCUUCUAUGCGACCCUUUCGCAUCUCCAAGUUGUGCCCAAUGGUGAACAAGGGCUUACUGGACUCAGGGGCAACACACCCUUUGCGAGCCAAAAGAAAGGGAGAACGUCUUCACCAUCUACCAAAGGUCAAGGUGACGCUGGCAGGUGACAAGGAGAUCUAUAUGGCACUCACUCCAACGGGAGUCAUUGUGGGCGAAGAAGGUGAUCGUCGAUUGAUGUAUGAGUUUGACAUCACCCAUGGAAAGCCUGAAGCAGAUCUUCCACCUGAAGGUGAGGCCUACCCGCCCCUGAGAAGUUGGAAUGGAGGGGAGUUUGGCAUAGAAGGGCUUUCGAACUUUGAGAAAGAGCAGGUCACCUUGGAUGACACGUUGCUCAUGCGGUUUUUGGUUCUCUACAUUGUGUCAGAGACGGUGCGCAGAGCAGCUGGGCUAGAGACACCCACCACUUUGAUCCUGGAGCAGCCUGCCUCACCUGAACACAAGCCUGAAGUGGUGUCGCUUUGGAGAACACCUCAAUGGAAGAGCUUGGCCGAGAUCUAUGAGCUGCAGACCCAGCGUUUUGACCAGUCAGAGUUUGGGGCCAUAGCUACAAAGCCAACGACUAUAGGAGGAAAUCUGCCACUUCAAGUACCACUUCAAGGAAAGAAAGGGCAACCACGUGAUGUCUCUGGAAUGACCAAGGCAGAGAUCUGCGAAUCGUCCAGGAGAUUGUCACGGUGGCCACCCUUGAUGAUGAGGUCCAUUGCUGUUGCUCUCCAAACCUGCACCAUGGGCGAAGAGGUCAAGUUACGGGCAGUUUCAUGGCAGGAGCACAUUGCAGCAGGCCAUACUCCUUUUAGAAGAGAUUGCAGAGUGUGCCAAGAGGCCUGUGCGCGUGAUGCUCAUCAUCGGCGGCAGAAAUUGCCACCAAAGGCGGGUGUCCUUAGUGUGGACAUCUCAGGACCUUUCAAAGAAGCACCUGAUUUGCAGAAGAAGAAGGCGAAGUAUCUCCUGGUAGCCAGCUUCACUUGGACAGCCAGGAACCAAGAUGGAGAGGAGGAGGUUGAGGAGAUACCUGAAGUUCCCCCAGAUGCGCCGGAGAUUGAGGAUCCAGAAGCAGAGGAGGAGCUACAGCAGAUUGCAGAUCAGGUUGAAAACCCAGAAGAAGGCCCAAAGGAGGACACAUCAGAGGAGCUUGAAGAAAGAAAGCCGGUGAGGAUUGAGGUCACCAAGCUUUGCGAGCCUUUGGCAUCAAGGAGCCAAGAGGAUGUGUCCAGGGCGAUCAUCAACAUGUACAUGCGUCUGAGAGCAGACGGGUAUCGAGUGACACAGCUGCAUAGCGACAGAGGAGCUGAGUUCAGAUCGAGGAUUUUGGAAAAAUGGUGCCUGUCACGCACCAUCCUUCAGACGUUUACGCCUGGGGAUCAGCCCCAAAUGAAUGGACGUUGUGAAGCGAUUGUCCAGCACAUCAAGGCAGCCAUCAGGCGGACACUUCAUGGAGCUGAAGCACCUUUUGAUCGCUGGCCAAUUGCGCUGACGAAGAUGGUCAUGCAGGGCUUGAGUGAACCACCAAAGUUGGAGGAUUGGAUUGGAGUUGAAGAUGCCUUGUUGAGGACGCCGUGGAAGCAGAUGGAACUUGAGAACCAAGAAGGAGAUGGCAGAUCACCAAGUUUUGAGGAGGAAGAAAAGGAUGCAUGGGCCAAGAAACAAAGGGUCCAACGUUUGAUAGAGGAGGAGAUGGUUGAGGCCAUGGAAGAUGAUGAGAAAGUUGCUGGCAUGGUGCUGGAUUCCAUCACCAUGGUCAAAGAGUUGAUUGGACCUGAGAAAGGAGAAGAAGUUUUGCAGACACGCAUUGUGUCACAAGCUGAAGUUCGCCGUUCCAUUGAGGUUUGGAGGCCAUCCAUCGAGAAAGAGCUGACCUCCUUGUUUGAGACGAAAGGGGCGCUGAGAAAGAUCACAGAAGCUGAGGUGAAGAAGCUGCUUGACGAAGAUCGAGCAGAACUUAUCCCCAGCAAGCUGGUCUUCACAGUCAAGCCAGAUCAGACCAACAAGGGUGGCAAGAAAAAGACACGAUUGGUGGCUUGUGGGAACUUCUCAGAAAGAGAAGAAGGGCAAGAUCUCUUUGCAGGCGGAGCAUCAGCAGUGGCACUUCGAGCUGCAUUGACGGUGGCAUCACAAUUUGGUUUUGAAGGGAGCGUCAUGGAUGUGAGGACAGCAUUUUUAAAUGCUCCAAUGGUUUUGUCCGGGUCAAAGGAUGAGAAUGGGGAGAAGAUGGAGCCUAGAAGAGCCAUCAUCCGCCCUCCUGCUCUUCUCAUUUUGGCUGGAUUGGCCAAGCCAGACGAAUUCUACGAGGUCAUCAUGGCCCUCUACGGCUACAAGGAGUCACCCAAAUUGUGGUCAGACUACCGUGAUCAGGAGAUUGCAAAGAUGGAGUUACCAUGCGAGGGUGGCAUUUUGACCUUGCAGCAAAUGAUCACGGAGCCAAACAUGUGGAGAAUGAUGCUGAAGCAACCAGGUCCCAACUUGCAGACGAAUGAGGAAGAGUUUGUGGGACUACUUUUGGUCUAUGUGGAUGAUCUUCUGGUCCUUGGUUUUCCCUCAUCCAUCGCUGCAGUCAUUCAAGGGGUGCAGGCGAAAUGGGAGACAUCGGAGCCAGAGACCAUCAACAUGCAGAAGGAGGUGAGAUUUUUGGGCGCGGAGCUAUGGAGAAGAGAAGAUGGAGCCUGGUUGAUGACGCAGACAAACUACAUCAAGGACUUGCUGAAAAGAAAUCUUGGAGCAGAUCCCACUACGUGGCCGACUAGAAAGAUUCCUUUGGUGAAGGAGCCCGAGGUCAUUGAAGGUGAGGAGAAGACUCCAAUGGCAGUCAAAGAAGCCCAGCGAGUCAUUGGUGAAUUGGUUUGGAUCACUGCCAGGUCCAGGCCUGAUUUGGCUUUCACUGUCUCCAAGCUGGCGUCAUUGAUCACAAAGUCACCUAUGCAGGUUGUGCAGUUGGUGAAACCAGUGUGGUACUAUUUGGCAGCCACCAUGGACCAAGGUUUGAUUUUUCAGAACAACAUGGGCGAGAAGCAGCUCAAUGUGUACACGGAUGCAUCAUAUAGCGAUAUCUCAUUUGGAUGCCAUUUGAUCCUUUGGGGAUCGUCGCUGUUGCUCUGGAAGGCUGGCAAGCAGCCCAUUCAAGCUGCAUCGACGGCCGAGAUGGGACAUCCUUUGGUGAAGCACUGGUCCUUUGAGAGUAGGUUGGGGCGUUUUCACCUUUCCAAAUUUCAUUUGGACGUAGUUCCAUGGUUUCAUAUGGAAGUUGAGUGGCCUGGAGUUGGUGAAGGGAUCUUAGGAUUUCUCCAACGUGUGUACAUCACACCCUGGCGGCUUGAUGCAGCAUUUGAUGACAAUGAGGGGUGCUUGGAAAUGCUGAGCAGCGAAUUCCCUGACAUGGUCGAGGAGGAGCUUCAAGACGCAGUUGCAGCAUUGAUGCACUGGAAGACUGCCAAUGCAAGGCCACUCAAGAGGUUACGGAAGGGUGUCGUCAGUUCUGCAUUGUUUGUACUGCCUCAACCCAAUGUUUUGAAUUUGCAUGAUGAAUUUCAGCGUCUUACAAAGACAAGCGUACAGUGUAUCUUGGAAAUGCACUCGAAGAGGAAGCAGCAGAAGUACCGUGAGGAUCCUCCAGAUGUCCGUUCACGGAGAUUUGAAUCUGAGAGGAAGAAGUACUCCUUGCUCUUGGCUCAGGUGAUGAUCAACGCUGACCUUCCGGUGGUUGGCCUAGUGAAGGCCCUUGAUGAUCCGAAUGCAGCUUGGGUGCACAUUUUUGCAGCACGCCGGGCAAACACCUUGAAAUCGCGUUACAAGGUAUGGAAGCCGUUUGAACGAUGGCUGGAACUCCACAGGGGAUACUUGUACCCCAAGUCCAUCAAGGAUGUGAUCGACUACAUGCAGCACCGUGUUGACGAUGGGUGUGGAAGGACAGUGCCAGAGUCCUUCAGCAUCACCCUGGGGAUGUUGGAGCAGCUUGGCCGGGUCCCUGAGACUAUGAGGAUCUCGGAUGACCCAUUGUGGAAGGGUCACAUCAAAUCUUGGACGGCUGAGUUAUGUGAAGAUGCAGCACCACGAAGGCCAGCAGAGAUGUUCACGGUGGCGAUGGUCAUUGCAUUGGAGCUGGUGGUCAUGGACAGCACAGAACCCAUUUUUGCGAGGGCGCUUUCAUGGGUCUUGUUGGUCAUGGUUUGGGGGGCUAUGAGGUGUGAUGAUGUUCAGGCCAUCAUACCGAGGAGGUCCUUCUUGUCAAACUAUGGCCUGAAGCUCAUCCUUGGAAAGUCAAAGACGACUGGCCCUGACAAGGUUCAGAAAGAAGUGGCAGUGCAUGUCUUCAGGACAACUUCGUUGACAGGGGAAGACUGGCUGAGAACUGGUUUUGAAAUUUGGGAGUCUGAGGAGUUCAACUUCCAGCGGGACUACAUGGUGAUGGAACCCUCCAAGGACUGGCAGAAGGUGAGGAGGAAAUUUGUGACUCCUGCUGGAUUGAGCUCUUUGAUCAGCAGACUUCUUGGGAGGCUCCCAUGCCCACGACGUUCAGGGCUUGGAUGGGAACAGAUGCCACACGUGCUGUUGCUGCCGGACGGUUUGGGGAGUUUCUUUUCAGGCCACAGUGCAAGAAAUUUUCUUACUUCAAUUGCUGCAGUGGUUGGAUUCACAAGAGACGAGAGAGCAUACCUUGGGAGGUGGUCUAUGUGGAUGGUUUCCUCAGAGGAAUAUGUUCGCACGGCCCGUCAAGUGAUCUUCAAGAUCCAGAGGUCUGUGAACAAAUGCCUUGUUGAAGGCGGCAACGAGCCUUAUCACGAAGAUGAGGCCAUCCAGAGGCUUUGCGACGCAGCAGAAGGAGCUGGGGCCAAUCCGAACAGGAUCAGGAAGCGGCACACAGUCAUGGGCAAUUGGUCUGGGGUGCACUCACUUGGUGGCAUUUUCCCGACGCUGGAAGUGGCAGAGGGUGACUGGCCAAACAUGAUGGAUGACGCUGAGGGCGACAUCGGGCUUCACGAGAAGGUUGCAAUGCUGGCACAGAAGGAGAAGUUGGCCCAGUCGGAAUCGACAAAGUAUUUUGUCACCAUCUCCAGGCGCACCUGUUUGAGGAAAUUCAGUGCGCUUGGGGAUGACCGAGCGGCGAUCAGGACUGCAUGUUCACAUGAUUUUGCAAUUGUUCAAGACACACCGGAACGACGUUCACAGGUGGCUUCAAUCGUUGCAGCUUGGGAGACAGCAAAGGAAUACCUGGCUAAGGAAGUCGAGUUGAAGGCAGAGGCAAAGGUCUUAGGACAACCCAGAGUGCUGCAGAUUCAUGAGAGGCAAGCAAUGUUGAGAGCUGUCGAGGCUGUCCAUGGAGUCCUGGGUGAUCAGGAAUGCCGCUCCUCGGACUACCUGUCGAUUAAGGCAGAGGAGACUGAGUGCAACGAGCCGACAGCUGCUCCCUUAGAUGAGAUCCUUUCCAAGCAUGUUUCGUCGAAUUCCCAGAUUCAGUCAGCUGUGGAUUCUUCUGGACACAUUAGAGUGACCAGGACCAAGACAAAAGGGAAGAUGCCAACCACAACUGAAGACUUUCGAAAGGUCAUGAAGGUUGAGACAUUUGUCUGGUUGUGCAUGGCGUCCAGGAAGGAGGCCAUGAAACGAGUUUUGGAAGGACACACAUUGAGUGAUGCAUUGCUUGCUGUCAUUCGUGACCCUGAUUUGAAAGAAGCUUACUUCACUACGCCGGACAUGAGUGCGGCCCCUCCCAGCAGGGCUGCACGUGACACCCUGCCACUUGUGAAGGUGGUCUACCUUUUCGCUGGGAAACGUCGCCAUUCAGACGUUGCGGCAUUCUUGAAGAGAGCUGAGACGGCUGGACGGAUCAGGCUUGAAUUGCAUGAAUUUGACAUUGAGAGGGGCCACAAGGACAAAUCUGACAAUAGGAAGAGGCGACAUGAUGGAGUUGACAAGGCUUUACAGUCUCCCCCCAAAAAGGCCAAGACAUCAGCAGAGCAUGUGUCAGCGGAGCAUGUGGUAGACUUGACAGCAGAGGAGGACCAGUCCCAAAGUUUGGUUGGGAAGGAUUGUGACAGAAACUGA